UCUUUUUUUUUCUCUUUUUUUUUGUACCAAGAAAUCAUGAGGUUGUCUUCUCUUUUCAUCGCGUCUGCUGGUAUUUUGUGCAGCAAUCCAUUUGUCCAUGCAGAAACCAUUCGUACCAAAGUCGCCAUUCUUGGAGGUGGCGUUGCUGGCAUUAGUGCCUCAUUGAAUCUGACCUUGGCUGGGAUAGAUGAUUUUGUUUUGAUCGAAGCUCGUGAAGUUCUCGGUGGUCGGGCUCAAGAUGUCAAGUUUGGAAAUAAUGUUACCAUUGAAUUAGGAUGUAAUUGGGUUCAAGCGUUAGGUACCAAUCCUAUUAACCUUCUCGCUCAGAAGUAUGAUUUGAAAACAGUAGCUACCAACUAUGAUGAUAUUUCUUAUAUUGAUCAAGAUGGUAAAUCAGUCGAUGCAUCCAAAGAAUAUCAAAUGUACAGCGAUGCAUCUGAUAAAGUAGCCGAACAAGCAUUGAAAAGAGCUAAAAACAAUCAAGUUGACAUCACUGUGCGCACAGCCUUGUCUUUGGCGGGAUGGUUCCCAAAAACUCCUAUGGAACAAGCCAUUGAAUAUUUUGGAUAUGACUGGGAAUCUGGUGAAGUACCUGAAUUAUGCUCUGAUAUCUAUGGUGUAUUGAAUGAUGAAGCAAAUUACAAUGGUAAUUUUGGUCAUAAUCUUGAAGGUGAUCGGAUGAACAUUGAUCAAAGAGGAUUCAAAUAUAUCUUUUUGCAAGAAGCCAAUCGUGUAUUCAAAAAGAACGAUGAUCGAUUAAAAUUAAAUACCAAAGUCAAGACAAUUGAAUACAAUAAGGAUGGUGUCACUAUUCAUACAGAUAAGGAUACAAUCAUUGCUGAUUAUGCGAUUUCUACUUUCUCUGUUGGUGUGCUUCAACAUAGAGAUGUAGAAUGGAAGCCUGAAAUGCCAGAUUGGAAGAUGGAAGGUAUUUUUGGAUUCCAUUUGACAACAUACACCAAGAUAUUUAUGAACUUCCCUAAACAAUUCUGGGCGGAUAACGAAUUCACUUUGUAUGCACAUCCUACUAGCCGUGGUUUGUACUCUGUCUGGCAAAAUAUGAAUGCAAAGGGCUAUUUCCCUCAGCAAACGAAGGAUAAUGUUUUUAUGGUAACAGUGACACAAGAUAAUGCUCAUAGAGUUGAAGCUAUGACUGAUGAUCAAGUCAAGGAUGAACUCAUGGACGUUCUUCGCAAGAUGUAUGGUGAUGAUAUCCCUGAACCAACUGAUUUUGUUUUUCCUCGAUGGUAUUCUAAUCCUUUAUUCCGUGGAUCCUAUUCCAAUUGGCCUAGUGGUGAAAUGGAUCAACAUCAUGAAAAUAUGAAAGCGCCUCUCCAUAAUCGUGUAUUCUUUGCUGGUGAAGCCAUGUCUAAGGAUUAUUAUGGGUACUUGCAAGGUGGUUGGAUUUCUGGUGAACAGGCAGCGAAAUCCGUUAUUCAAUGUAUUAAACAAUCAUGCCCCAAGGCUAUGUACUAUCCAACAAUCGUAAAUGCAAAAAUACCUGGUCAUAUCAUCAGUAAACGUGAACUUGUUGUUUAGCUUUAGAGAUCUUUUUAUGACUAUAUUAAAAUAAAUAACCUGAUCAUCAUCAAGAGAAUCACAUUUACAUUAUUUG